AUCAGAAUUCAUCAUGCAGGUGUUGGUGGCGGUAGCGGCGGCGGUGGUGGUGGUGGCGGUCGGUGUGCAGGGUUACGACACUCCCCACUGCGACGGACGCCAGACUAUAGUGCAUCUGUUUGAGUGGAAGUGGACGGACAUUGCUGCGGAGUGUGAGAGGUUCCUGGGUCCUAAUGGAUUCUGCGCUGUUCAGGUGUCUCCGCCCAAUGAACACGUGGUGGUGGGCGAGAGUGGGUUCCCGUGGUGGCAGAGGUACCAGCCGGUGUCCUACAAGCUGGAAUCCCGCUCAGGAAAUAGAGAGGAGUUUAUUGACAUGACGCAGAGAUGUAACGCUGUGGGUGUGAGGAUCAUUGUGGACGCCGUCGUGAACCACAUGUCGGGGCUGGGAAGGGCGGGGCAGGGAUCAGGCGGCUCUUCCUUCAAUGCUGACAAUCUGGACUUCCCCGGCGUGCCUUACUCCAGCGCUGACUUCACUCCGAGAGAUCUUUGCCCUUCCUCUAACGGGCAGAUUAACGACUAUAGCAACGUGAACGAGGUGCGCAAUUGUUACCUGGUUGGACUGACAGACCUGUAUGGAGGAAAGGACUACGUGAGGCAAAUGGUCUCUAACUACUUUAACGACCUAAUUGACAUUGGCGUGAUGGGAUUCCGAGUUGAUGCAGCGAAACACAUGUGGCCUGGGGACCUCGAGGCCAUUGAGGGACUGACCCACGACCUGAGCACCGCGGCAGGCUUCCCUAGCGGCGCGCGGCCCUUCUUCUUCCACGAGGUGAUAGACCAGGGAGGCGAACCCAUCACUGUCAAUGAGUACUUCGGCGUGGGACGCACCACGGAGUUCAGAUUUUGCAAGAAGGUGGCGUGGGGCAUCAACGCCUUUGACCAGCUGGGCGGCGUGUAUGACCCUGGCUGGGGGAUGGCGCCCCCUGAAAAGGCUGUGGUGUUUGUGGACAAUCACGAUAACCAAAGAGGCCACGGCGGUGCUGGAGACGUGUUGACCCAUAAGACGCCGAAGGAGUACAACAUGGGCGUCUCCUUCACCCUCGCCCAUUCCUACGGGUUCGCGCGGAUCAUGAGCAGCUACUACUUCGACAACACAGAUCAGGGACCUCCGGGGAGCAACAACGGGGGCGGCACUGACUCGGUUCCCAUUAACAGUGACGGCAGCUGCGGCGGUGGAUGGGUUUGCGAGCACCGGUGGAACGCUAUUACGAAGAUGGUGAGGUUCCGUAACGCCGUGGCAGGGACGGAGAUGGGCAACUGGUACCAGGAAGGCGAUAACGUGGCGUUCUCCAGGGGCGACAAGGGCUUCUUUGCCAUGUCCAAGUGGGGGGCGUUCGACAAGACCCUGCAGACUGGCAUGCCCGCGGGGACGUACUGUGAGCUGAUCAGCGGCUGCGCCAAUAAGGUGACAGUGAACGGUGACGGCACUGCACACGUCACCAUUAGCAACAGUGAGGAGCCCAUGUUUGCCAUCUGCGUGGGUUGUGACGCUGACGGACCCACUGUGGAGCCUGGCCACACCACCACGCAGGGCCCCACCAAGCCCCCAGUGACGGGCCAGGCAAGGACUGUUAUCUUCGUGCACAAACAGACCAGCGUGGGACAAGACCUGUUCCUCAGAGGCGGCAUUGACUCUGCCCAUAGACCAGGCUGCACGGACAACGCAGAGUCAGACGCAUGCGCAAUUGACAUCACAACAAACAGCUUGGGGACCGGAGACCACUACAGCAAAUACGAUGCGUGGCGAGUUGGUGACACGAAGCUGGACUGGUAUGGAGCACAGCAAGGCCAGGGGACUUACCAGGGCCAGGCUGCCUCAGGGACCCCCAUGGCCUGGACCACAAACAAACCAGGGGCCAACGGGUACCAAGAGUUAAACAUGUACGGGGAACAUUACUGGAUGGCUGACGUAAUGAUGAACUGUGAUGAGACCGAGACAGGCUGGUUUGAUGUCAAGGCCUACCUCACCAACGGCGUAGGCUGGGAAGGUGACGUAAACCAGGUGUCCUCGUGCACAGGUGACGCGGGGGGCAGCAAGCCUUACAACAGCGGGAAUCACAUGGGGAGGUGCGGAUACAUCAAUGUGUUUGAAUUUUCCGCUAAUUCUUGCAUCAUUAAGUCCUUCCCAUAGGCCGCCAUGAUGUGUUCAUUAAGAAAGGAAUGAAGGGGCGUGACAGUCAGAUAGAAAAUUUGUGAAGUUGUGUUGGAAAAUAGAAUGUUAGGAAUUUUAUUGUAGAUUUGUCCCGUGUUCAUGCUAUAUAAAAGUAAAUGGAGAAAUAAGUAAAUAAAUAAAUGAGUAUAAGUAAGAAAAUGUGGUUGAUUAAAUUUUGUUUUUUUUCGUUUUUUUUUCGAUUUUUUUGUUGUUUUUUGUAAUGUUUGUUUGUUUGUUUGUUUGUUUGUUUGUUUGUUGUUCUUGUUGUUGUUGUUCUUGUUGUUGUUGUUGUUGUUGUUUUGUUCUUGUCCUCGUUGUUGUUGUAGUUGUUGUUGUUGUUGUUGUUGUUGUCGUUGUUGUUGUCCUUCUUUCCUUAGUGAAUGUUGAUGUUAUUGGGCAAUCUUUUUCUUAUUACUUCAUCUUGUUCUUCUUUUUUGUUCUUUUUUGUUCAUUUCUACAUAUUUUUUUCUUUUCUUGCCUUGUUUUCAUUGUUCUUACUCUUCCUUUUCUUUCUUCUUCCUAAGUCUAAAAUCUUUUCUUAGUCUUUUUUUUUUUACUUUCCUCCUCCUCCCCUUCCUCCUCCUACUCUUCCUUUCUUCUUCUUCCUAUAAUUUAAUAGUUUUUUUUUUCUCUUUUCUUCUUCCUCAGACAAAAAAUUUUCUUACUGUUCCUCCUCCUCCUCCUCUUCCUCCCCAUUUCUUCUUCUUCCUAUAAUUUCAUCCAAUUUUUUCUCUUUUCUUCUUCCUCAGACUAAAAAUUUUCUUACUGUUCCUCCUCCUCCUCCUCCUCCUCCUCCUCCUCUUCUUCUUCUUUAUGACAGUGAAUUUGAGUAAUAAAAGACGAAAUGUUCUGAAAA